GUGCGUAGUAUAAAAAAAGUUCUGCAGCAUGAAGUGCAUAAUGAGAAAAAUAAAUGCGACAGUGUUUUUGGUUUAAAACAGCAACUUUGCAGUGUAUUUUCAAUGUAGGCAAAAUCACCAGUGCGUAAAUAUCGCUGAGACCACUAACUUUGCAAUAGCAAAGUUACAUUACCUCACAAGAUGCACAGCAAGAGCUCAAGAGACAUUUACAGCAUGCACAUUAGUCACCAUACUGACUGAGGCCCACACUGCAGACUCUGUCUGGUGGGCAUGUGAUGCAGGCAUUGGUGGUCAACAACCAAGACCACAUACGAUAACCAGGACCAAAUUCCUUGUAGGAAAAUCAAUUUGCUCGACAACUAGUCCAUUCAACAACCAAGGUUUCACUGUAUUAGUAAAGAUUUUGACAGAAUCAUUCAUCACUGUUUUACCGACUUUAUUUCAAGAUGAUUGACUGUGAAGAUGAUUUCCUGCCAGAUGUUGAUGUGGACAAGAUAGAAGAUGGCCUCUACUUAGGUAACUUAUCAGCAGCAGUUGAGACUAGAGUACUGAUGAGGUACUCAAUCUCUCAUAUACUUACUGUGGACUCCAAGCCCCUGCCUUGCAGUAUUACCUCACUCCCAGGAAUGGCUUUUCUAUAUAUACAAGUUAAUGAUAUGAUACAUGAAGAUCUUUUAAGUCACUUUGAAGAAGCUAUUAAGUUUAUAGAAGAUGGUCAAGAAAAAGGAAAUGUUCUUGUUCAUUGUUUCUUCGGAGUGUCCAGGAGUGCCACACUGGUCAUCUCUUUCUUGAUGAAGAAAUACAACUUGUCACUUGAUGCUGCUCUACAUAGGUUAAGAUUACAACGACGGUGCGUGUGCCCUAACUCAGGGUUCAUGGCACAACUACUGCUCUUCCAGACGAUGGGUAUGACCCUCCACCACACCAACCUGGGGUUUCAUCUCUACCGACUCCACCAUGCUGCUGCUUCUGUGGUUAAAAGUGAUCAGAUCAGUCUGGAGGAGAAAUACCAAGACCUUGUGCAGCCUGAUCCACAACUCGGCUCAAGUGACCUUGUAGCAUAUAAAUGCAGGUCUUGCAGGUGUGCUCUAAUUAGUCAAGAUUGCAUUUUGCCUCACUGCCCUGGGGAAGCUCCGAGCUGGAGUGACAGCAAGUGGUCAAGAAGAAGAGAUAAUCUUCCCAUGUGUCAUCAAGGAAUAUUUACCCUGCCAAUUGCAUGGAUGACUGAUGCAACAAGAACCUUGCAAGGCAAACUCCUCUGCCCAAAAUGUCAUGCUAAAAUUGGAACCUAUAGUUGGAGUGCAGCAUGUCGUUGUCCAUGUGAUGCCAAGAUAAGUCCAGCAUUUUACUUCAUUCCAUCAAAGCUAGAUAAAUGUUUAUAAUGUAUUCUUAGAGUUUUCUAAUAAAGAUUUCAUCAUAUAUCCAAUUGUUUUAUUAGACACAUACAUGAUCAGUGAGUGUUUGUAACACUUAUGUCACUAAAUACAGUGUUCCUCCAUUCUUAUGUUCCCUCUUAAAUCAAACUCAACUGCUUCCAAUUCUCCAAAUGCUGUAUGACCCUUACAGAUUUAGCGUUUCCCAACUAAUACAAAGAUAAAUGAUUCACUAUCAUAUAUAUAUAUAUAUGACCCUUACAGGUUUAGCAUUUCCCAAUUAAUACAAUGAUACACAAUGCACUAUCAUAUAUUACCAUCCAUAAAUUGCAUUUUUUCUAAAUAACAUGCCCAGAAUUAUACCCAGUCUUAUGACUGCAUACUACCCCAAAAAAAAUAUGUAAAAAUAAUCAAAUGAUGAAAAAAAGCACAUAUAAAUAAAGGAGUACUGCGACAGACUUACUGGCCAAUGCUAAUCGGGUUAAUUUCCAACCCAACCUUCCUUACCUAUAUAGUGGUCCAACUUAUUUUUAAAGCUAUUCAAGGUUUUGAUGUGCUUUUAGUGGCCACAAAAACCUUCUGCCAUCAAAACUAUUGUAAAAAGAUUGUGUGGUAUAUACACAUACUUGUUGAAAAUGGUGUCUUAAUCAUGUACACAGACCCUAAAUAAGAAAGAAAAGUGAGAGGGAUGGAUUGAGAAAGUGGUGGUGGUAGGAAGGAUCAGUGAUAAGGAGGGAGAGAUGGUGUAGCAGGGGUGGGAGGUAAUUGCAGCUGAACCAUGCACACUUAUAACGAUCCAACUGACACAUGGUGUAUAUACAGGUAUUACAGUAGAUCGUCUUAACCCUUAAAUGGUCCAAACAUACAUAUAUGUUCUCUUGCGCAGCGCCCUGAAUAUUUUGAAAAAAAAAAAAAGAGCACAUUUUAAGUGUUUUAGAACAUAAAAGAAAUAGAGUCAGUACUUAGAAAUAUGAGGCCGAAAAGUUGGCACCGAUUCUCACGUGACGGCAACAUCGAGUC